UCUUUAAGGAACUCUAGUUUAGAGACUUACAAGUACAAGAAGCGGAGAGUCAGAGAAGCACGAUGGUUGAAUUCAGAUGGAUUAAAAUGUCUUUAUUUCUGAUGCUGGUGCUUCACUUUACAGCAGCAGCAACCGGACAGCUUAAUCUCUACUUCACUGUCAGAGCUGGAGAUGACGUCACUUUGUCUUGUGAAAAUGUGAUAAAGGAUCAGAAUAACUGUGACAGUACAACAUGGCUCUUCAGUGUUUCAAGAAGCACAGCAACAGUAGAGCUGGUUACACUUGGACAGAUUGGUAAAAACACCAACUCUAAAUCAGACAGACUGAGUGUUACAGAGAACUGUUCUCUGGUUAUAAAGAAGGUCACAGUCGAGGACGUUGGUCGUUACACCUGCAGACAGUUAAUAUCAGAACAACAACAAGGUCCAGAAUCUCUGGUUUAUCUGUCUGUUAUUACCAUGACUGAACAUAAGGACUCUGAUAAGGUGACAUUAAGCUGCUCUGUGUCGACAUAUGAACGAUGUACACACACAGUGAAGUGGCUGAAUGAGGGUCAAGAUCUGGAUAAAGAUAACCAAGUAGUGAAGACAUCACAGUCUCCCUGCAAUGUCUCUGUGACCUUUAAGACUUCUCAUUACAUUUACACAUCAAACUCUAACUCAUUGAAGUGUGCAGUGAUUGAUGGUAACAAAGAGCAGCAGUUUCCCUUCAGACUUCAGCCCUCAGCUGAGAAACCAGGUGAGGACACAAAACCAACAACAACAACAACAAUAAAACCAACAACAACUGAUAAUACUUCAACAGAACUAAAAGCAGCAGCAACCGGACAGCUUAAUCUCUCCUCCACUGUCAGAGCUGGAGAUGACGUCACUUUGUCUUGUGAAAAUGUGAUAAAGGAUAAGAAAAACUGUGAUAGUACAACAUGGAUCUCUAGUGGUUCAAGAAGCACAGCAACAGUAGAGCUGGUUACACUUGGACAGAUUGGUAAAAACACCAACUCUAAAUCAGACAGACUGAGUGUUACAGCGAACUGUUCUCUGGUUAUAAAGAAGGUCACAGUCGAGGAUGCUGGUCGUUACACCUGCAGACAGUUUAUAUCAGGACAACAACAAGAUCCAGACUCUCAGGUUUAUCUGUCUGUUGUUACCAUGACUGAACAUAAGGACUCUGAUAAGGUGACAUUAAGCUGCUCUGUGUCGACAUAUGAACGAUGUACACACACAGUGAAGUGGAUGAAUGGGGGUCAAGAUCUGGAUAAAGAUAACCAAGAAGUGAAGACAUCACAGUCUCCCUGCAAUGUCUCUGUGACCUUUAAGACUUCUCAUUACAUUGACACAUCAAACUCUAACUCAUUGAAGUGUGCAGUGACUGAUGGUAACAAAGAGCAGCAGACCUUCAGACUUCAGCCCUCAGGUGAGAAACCAGGUGAGGACACAAUAACAACAAUAACAACAAAAGAAACAACAACAACAAAACCAACAACAAAUGAUAAUGCUUCAACAGAACUAAAAGUUUGGCAAUGGUUCAUCAUUGUGUUUGUGAGUCUUGCUGCACUCUUAAUAAUCAUUGUUGCUGUCAUCAGAUGGAAGAGAACUAAAGGAAAAAAAUCACAAAAUAAUACAAACAACGUACAGAGCUUAAACCCUGCAGUGAAUCCAGAAACCAGUCAGGACACGGCUGAUCCUGAAGAUGGUGUUUCCUACGCCUCCAUCAGCUUCACCAAGAAGAGCAACAGUAAAGGCUGGGUUCGGAGUAAAGGUGAUGAUGAUGAUGAUGAAGCAGUGACCUAUGUCACUGUGAAAGCUCCCUCUUCUUCUGCUGGAGCCUCUGCUGAUCCCAGCAACCUCUACGCCACCGUGAAGGAACCAAACAAAUAAGAGACCACAGUAUAGUUACAGCUCAUAUCAUCACACUUAUUUUACAUUGAUAACUGAUACUGAUAAAUGUUUGACUGUGUUUCUGUAUUAGAUGAUCAUUUUCAAGAUUUAUUGCUGUAAAGAGCCUUUUUGUCCAGAAGGGGGAGUAGUAGGUUAACUAGUAGCACAAUAUGAAAAGCAGAAGUAAUAACCAGUGGAGGAAGAAUUAUAUACAUCCUUUCCUUAAAUACUUAGUAUUGCAAGUAAAACUACAUUCAAAACCUUACUUAAGUAAAGUACAUAUUACUGCUGCAUUACUGUGUAUGUUGCAAUUUACUGCUGUACAUGUUUAAGGUUGAGCUCAUUUUAACUACUUUAUAUACUGUUGGGUAUUUUAAUCUACAGCAAUGCAUCAUAUUCUGUGAAAUCAUCAUAUGUCUGUGGCGUCGCUGUGCUUUAAGAACCACAAAACUUUACAGGAGCUCAGAAAAACACCACUGUUUAUAUUGUUGUGACAAUGCAUUUUCCAGCCAAUUCAAGAAGGUUUUUAAAUAGUUUAUUUAGAUUGAGAUGAAGAAGAAUUUUCUCAACCCAUAAAGAAAAUUCCUUCCUUACUGGACAGGAAGAGUAUGAGAAAGUGUAACCUGAAAGGUAACUAGUAACUGAAGAUGUCAGACAAAUGUAAUGGAGUAGAAGUAUAAAGUGUCAUAAAUGGAACCUGGAAUUUGUACUUAAGUACAGUAUUUGAGCAAAUGCACUUCGUAACAAUUCACCGCUGGUAAUAACACAUUAUAUGACUGUUUGAAAUGUAAAUAAAUAUAAUCCUGCUUCA